GCCCGUGUUUGGGUCCUUCUGUGGCUGGUGGUCACGUGGUGUGAUUGUUCGGAAGCUGAGUGUGUGUGUGUGUAGUGUGUAGUGUGUGGAUCGGGAGAAAUAUCAGUGUAUUAUUGAGUAAAUAAGGUUAAUAAAGAGGUUGUUAGUCUCAGAUCGCGGUGAUGGAUGAUGAAGAGGAGACCUACCGCCUGUGGAAGAUCAGGAAGACUAUAAUGCAGCUUUGCCAUGAUCGAGGAUACUUGGUGACGCAGGAUGAGUUGGAUCAGACCCUGGAUGAGUUUAAAAGCCAGUUUGGAGACAAACCGAGCGAGGGCCGACCCAGGAGGACAGAUCUCACAGUGCUGGUGGCUCACAAUGACGAUCCGACCGACCAGAUGUUCGUCUUCUUUCCUGAGGAGCCCAAAGUGGGCAUUAAGACUAUUAAGAUGUACUGCCAGCGAAUGCAGGAGGAGAACAUCACCCGCGCCAUUAUUGUAGUCCAGAUGGGCAUGACUCCAUCUGCCAAACAGUCUUUGGUGGACAUGGCACCAAAGUAUAUUCUGGAGCAGUUUCUUCAGCAGGAGCUUCUCAUCAACAUCACAGAGCACGAGCUUGUUCCUGAACACAUAGUGAUGACUAAAGAAGAAGUGACGGAGCUGCUCGCGAGAUAUAAGCUGAAGGAGAGCCAGUUACCCAGGAUUCAGGCUGGAGAUCCAGUGGCCCGAUAUUUUGGAAUAAAGAGAGGACAGGUGGUGAAGAUCAUCAGACCUAGUGAAACUGCAGGUCGAUAUAUUACAUACAGACUUGUGCAGUAAUGCUAAUGUGAAUUUCAGUCAAGAAUUUGGAUACUCGUCUCAGAGCUGGAGGUGAAAUCAGAAGACCCCAUAUGUUUUCAGUUUUAAGAAAGAAGACUAAAAUUUUGCUGCAGUUUAUCUUUUAAGAUAACUAAAAUCAUUUUUUUUAUUAACUGUUCAAUUAAAGUUGUAUUUGUAAAAUACA